GAGCUGGUGGCUGCGCCUGCUGGCUGGCGGGCGUGAACGUGGGCUCUCCGCGUCUAACCGAGAGGAAGCAUGUCUAAGAAAGGCCGGGGCAAGGGCGAGAAGCCCGAGAUGGAGACGGACGCUGUGCAGGUGGCCAACGAGGAGCUGCGGGCCAAGCUGACCAGCAUUCAGAUCGAGUUCCAGCAGGAGAAGAGCAAGGUGGGCAAACUGCGCGAGCGGCUGCAGGAGGCCAAGCUGGAGCGGGAGCAGGAGCAGCGGCGGCACACGGCCUACAUCUCGGCGCUCAGGGCCAAGCUGCACGAGGAGAAGACCAAGGAGCUGCAGGCGCUGCGCGAGGUGCUCAUCCGGCAGCACGAGCAGGAGGCGGCGCGCAUGGCCAAGAUCAAGGAGGGCGAGCUGCAGCGGCUGCAGGCCACGCUGAACGUGCUGCGCGACGGCGCGGCCGACAAGGUCAAGACGGCGCUGCUGGCCGAGGCGCGCGAGGAGGCGCGCAAGAGCUUCGACGGCGAGCGCCUGCGGCUGCAGCAGGAGAUCCUGGAGCUGAAGGCGGCGCGCAAGCAGGCGGAGGAGGCGCUCAGCAACUGCAUGCAGGCCGACAAGACCAAGGCGGCCGACCUGCGCGCCGCCUACCAGGAGCACCAGGACGAGGUGCACCGCAUCAAGCGCGAGUGCGAGCGCGACAUCCGCCGGCUGAUGGACGAGAUCAAAGGGAAAGACCGUGUGAUUCUGGCCUUGGAGAAGGAGCUUGGUGUGCAGACUGGUCAGACCCAGAAGCUGCUGCUUCAGAAGGAGGCUUUGGACGAGCAGCUGGUUCAGGUCAAAGAGGCCGAGCGGUACCACGGCAGUCCAAAGAGGGAGCCUGGUGCAGGCGACGUGGCGGAGCUCCCGGGUGUGCAGGAUCAACAUAUGGACGAGCGAGAUGUGAGGCGGUUUCAACUAAAAAUCGCCGAACUGAACUCGGUGAUACGGAAACUGGAAGACAGAAACACCCUGCUGGCCGACGAGAGGAACGAGCUGCUGAAACGCUCCCGGGAGACUGAGGUCCAGCUGAAGCCCCUCGUGGAGAAGAACAAGAGGAUGAACAAGAAGAACGAAGACUUGCUGCAGAGCAUCCAGAGGAUGGAGGAGAAGAUCAAGAAGCUCACGCGGGAAAACGUGGAAAUGAAAGAAAAGCUGUCUGCACAGGCAUCUCUGAAGCGCCACACGUCCCUGAACGACCUCAGCCUGACGAGGGACGAGCAGGAGAUCGAGUUCCUGCGGUUGCAAGUGCUGGAGCAGCAGCACGUCAUCGACGACCUCUCCCUGGAGCGAGAGCGGCUCCUGCGGCCCAAAAGACACCGCGGGAAAGGCCUGAAGCUGCCGAAGAAGCAUGUUGUGGAGACAUUUUUUGGAUUUGAUGAGGAGUCUGUGGACUCGGAAACAUUGUCAGAAACAUCCUGCAACACAGACAGGACGGACAGGGCCCCAGCCACGCCCGAAGAAGACCUGGACGAUACGACCACCAGAGAAGAGGCUGACCUGAGGUUCUGCCAGCUGACCAGGGAGUACCAGGCCCUGCAGCGAGCCUACGCCCUGCUGCAGGAGCAGGUCGGGGGGACGCUGGAUGCCGAGAGGGAGGCCCGGACCCGGGAGCAGCUGCAAGCCGAUCUCCUGAGGUGUCAGGCCAAAAUCGAAGACUUGGAGAAGCUGCUGGUGGAGAGGGGACAGGAUUCCAAGUGGGUGGAGGAGAAGCAGCUGCUCGUGAGGACCAACCAGGAGCUGCAGGAGAAGAUUUACAGGCUGGAAAUGGAAGAGAACCAGCUGAAGAGCGAAAUGCAAGACGCGAAGGACCAGAACGAGCUGUUAGAGUUCAGAGUACUAGAGCUUGAAGAGAGAGAACGGAGGUCGCCAGCAUUUAACCUCCAAAUCGCCACCUUCCCCGAGAACCACAGCAGCGCGCUCCAGCUGUUCUGCCGCCAGGAAGGAGUGAAGGAUGUGAAUAUUUCUGAACUUAUGAAGAAGUUAGAUAUCCUUGGCGAUAACGGGAAUUUGAGGAACGAAGAGCAGGUUGCCAUAAUCCAGGCCGGAACGGUGCUUGCCCUGUGUGAAAAGUGGCUGAAGCAGAUCGAGGGGACCGAGGCGGCCCUGACCCAGAAGAUGCUGGACCUGGAGAAAGAAAAGGACCUGUUCAGCAGGCAGAAGGGCUACCUGGAGGAGGAGCUGGACUACAGGAAGCAAGCCCUGGACCAGGCGUCCCUGAAAAUCCAGGAGCUGGAGGCCACGCUGUACAACGCGCUGCAGCAGGAGCCGGGCCAGAAGGCCAGCGAGGCGCUGAGCGCGGGCCAGCGGGAGGCGCUGCAGGCGGCCGUGGAGAAGGUGCGCAGGCAGAUCCUGAGGCAGAGCCGGGAGUUCGACAGCCAGGUGCUGCGGGAGCGCAUGGAGCUGCUGCAGCAGGCCCAGCAGAGAAUCCGCGACCUGGAGGCUAAGCUGGAGGUCCAGAGGCGGCACCUGAAGGAACUGGAGGAGAAGUUUUUGUUCCUUUUUUUGUUUUUCUCACUAGCAUUCAUUCUGUGGCCUUGA